GAGGCACCUUCCCCGGAUUUAACAAGACACUAUCCCUAAUGCGGGACAGUUCCAACUUCCCCCUCUCCACAAUGACCUUUCUCGUCUCAGGAAGGGAGGACUGACUCCAGACCUCGGCAUCGUUGCGACAAACAUUGUUCCUGCAGAGCCCCCUCAAAACUUAUUCUCAGCUGAUCCCUUUUUAUACCCCAGAUUUCUCUUUUCAAGCGCCUGUUUCUCGUUCUUCAUCAAUCAACACUGCUUCCAUCUCUACGCGCAGUCAGCUCCAUUCUGUCGCGACACGAUAGCUUCAUACAAACGUACAAAUAAACAGACAGACACCAUGGCCUCACCACAGAAGCUCCGAACUCCCAUCACCGAUCUUUUCAAGAUCAAGCACCCCGUCCUCCUCGCAGGCAUGAACGUCGCUGCUGGUCCCAAGCUUGCCGCCGCCGUCUCCAACGCUGGUGGUCUCGGUGUCAUUGGUGGUGUCGGCUAUACCCCUGACAUGUUGCGCGAGCAAAUCGCCGAGCUCAAGAGCUUCCUCGACGACAAGAACGCUCCCUUUGGUGUCGACCUGCUUCUUCCCCAGGUUGGCGGUAGCGCUCGCAAGACUAACUACGACUACACCAAGGGUAAGCUCAACGAGCUAGUCGAUAUCAUCAUCGAGGAGGGCGCAAAGCUCUUUGUCUCUGCUGUCGGUGUACCUCCCAAGGCUGUUGUCGAUAAGCUUCACGCCAAUGGUAUCGUCUACAUGAACAUGAUCGGUCACGUCAAGCACGUCCAGAAGUGCCUUGACCUCGGUGUCGAUAUCAUCUGCGCCCAGGGUGGUGAGGGUGGUGGCCACACCGGUGAUAUCCCCACGACUGUCCUCAUCCCCGCUGUUGUGGACAUCUGCAAGAAGCACAAGUCCCCUCUCACUGGCGGUCCUGUCCAGGUUAUUGCUGCUGGUGGUAUCCACAACGGUCAGCUCCUCGCCGCCUCCCUUAUGAUGGGCGCUGGUGCUGUCUGGGUAGGAACCCGCUUCAUUCUCACCGAUGAGGCUGGUGCCCCCAAGGCCCACAAGGAAGCCGUUCGCACAUCUGGGCAUGAUGACAACAUCCGUACCAUCAUCUGGACAGGCCGUCCUAUGCGUGUCCGCAACAACGACUACAUCAACGACUGGGAGACCAACCGCCAGGCGGAGAUCAAGGAGCUCGUCUCCAAGGGUGUCAUUCCCUACGAGGCCGAUCUCGAUAAGCUCGCCGAAAGCACCAGCGAGAGCGAAAACGAUGACGAUGAGGACAUUCUUGACAAGUACCGACCUUACCUUAUGGGUAAGUGCGCUGCCGUCGUCAACGAGCAGAAGCCUGCCAAGGCCGUCGUUGAUGAGUUUGUGGACGACGCCGUUGCUUGGUUGCAAAAGGGCAACAAGAUGAUUGCCAAGCUGUAA